AGGUGCAUAUCAAGCAGGUCACCCUCCCAAGGUUUGAGACCGCUGAUCUGUGUUCGGAGGGUCGAAGAAUUUUGCCUUUUCCUUACAGCCAAUAAUUACAGUCGCCAUUAUGGCCCAUCAUAUUCGCCAAGUGCCUGUCGACAUCCAGUCCCGCAUCUUUCACGAGCUUGAGCAGGCCUCUAAGUUCAAAUCCAAGUCCAAGUCCAAGUCAAGCGGGACUACUCAUCAUGUCAGGGAGAUAUCACCACCAGCUGUGGACCGGUCUAUACGUGUGACUGAGAGCUUCAACGACAAAGAAGCUUUACUUCUUACCCUACAACAUGGGAAGCAUCUCGUCGAGGACCUGACUUUCUGCGUCAGACUCAAGGAACUAGACAAGCAGGACAGCCGCAUCGGUCCUGGCAAGCCUGGUGUCACAACGGCUGCCCAGGAGAUUCUCAGUGGCACGCACACGCCCAACCUGGGGAGGAUCAACCUCGAGUACGACUUCGAGUUGGGAAAUGCAGAUGGAAACUCCGUCGAGCCGGACGUGAGGGCGUUCGAGCAGCCGCGGGACGAGGAGGCCCUGCUGCAGCUCGAGCACGACCAGACAUGGAGGCGACUGUUGGCCGAUACCUGGAGCGCGAUGGCCGCGAACCACACCGCCACUCACCUGUCCAUCAAGUCAUUGGUACCAGCGUGGUCGUCCGCGUUUCACUCCGCCGAGUUCCGCCGGUUCCUUGCCCGACUGGAGGUCCUGGACCUCCACGUCUCUGGGAUGAAGAACGGCCACCGCAGCAUCAACACGGUGCCGGCGUACAACGACUCCCUGCAGUCGCUGCUCAAGGUGUAUUUCCUGCACGCCAGCUCCGUCAAGCGGCUCUCGCUGCACGCCUCCCAGACGGCGCCGCUGGGCGCCCGCGGGAACUACCACAUCCCGCUUUCGCUGAAGGCAACCCAGCUGCCGGCGCUGGAGCACCUGUCCCUCAAGAACUGCUUCGCCGGCUUCGAGCUGGCGCACUUCAUCAACGGGCACGCGGGCACGCUCAAGACGGUCGAGCUGCGCAACUGCUACUCGUACCGCAGCACGCACGACGCCGUCGACUCGGGCGGCGGCAUGCAGUGGGCGCGCUUCUUCGCGCUCAUCAACAGGCCCGGGAUGGCGCUGCGCCGCCUGGUCAUCUCGGACGACCACAUCCCCCUCACGAUCGACGACGCGCGGCUCGACAAGUACGACCCCGACACGGCCAACGAGCCCAGCGACGUGAAGAACGUACGACGUGCGCAGCGGCGGGACCCGAAGAAGAGGCUGUUCCUGUACGCGUACCUGCGGGACUACUCGGGCGAGCUGUGGAUGAACAAGGACGCCAUCGUCACGGCGUUUGAGAACGGCGACGAUCAGGUGGCAUACGAUGAGCUGAUGGCGAGGGUGGAGGGGAACGCUGCGAGUGAGGCCUUUGGGGCGGAUGACUGUAUCAUCGCCGAGCUCGAGUGAUCAUUUGCGAAAGAUAAGAUGGGCAUGCCGCGAGAAGAGGACGGGGCAAGUUUCUUUGCCUACCAUGUACGAUAAAUGACGAAUUAGUGAUACCAGCUGCGUUUCCUUUCCGGCUUUAGCAACCGAGCAUCAUCCUGUAUCUAAUAUCAGCCACGCAUUACAGCAGAAAAAGAGUUUGUUGACAUCAAUGAUUCCCAUC